AUGGCUCCCAAGCGACCGAAGAGCGGGGCUGCUGGCGGGGCUGCUGGUCCCCCAGCGGCAGGAGCCAAGAACUGGGAAGCGGGGCUUGUGGCGGUCCGCUUGGAAGAGGAAAAUUGGAUUCCCAGUACUGCCUUUGUUGUUGCGAGCAAACCUGAGGAUGAACUUCACAUAAAGGCACUAACUCUGGCUGUGCAGGUGCCACAAAGGAAACUCUUCAGUGUGGUUUCUUGGGAAGAAUUAUUAGCACAGAUCAUGGAAGUUGUAGAUGUAAAAGCAAAGAAGGUCAAAGACAAAGAAACACCUUUAUUUUAUGAAGUGAUCGAAAUGGCAAAAAGUAUUCUGGAUUCUGGGGAAACACUUCCUGUAACUUUGAUUGGAAAAUUAAUUAAAUAUCAAAUGCUUUGCCUCAAACAGAAAGAUCUUCAGAGAAGGAUUGCUGAAAAGAAGGCACUAGAGGAGCGAGACAAGGAGAAAGAAGAGAAGGGGAAAGGAAAAGGAAAAGCUAAGAAGGAAAAGGAAAAAGAGAAGCCUGCCAGUGCCAAGGCUGGAAAAGGAGGCAAAGGAAAGCGGUCUACUGAUUCACCAAAUAUAUCAGCAACAAUUGUUAAAAAGGAUACCAAACUUAAAAGACGUGGGGAAGAAGACGAACUUGACAAAUUCAUUGAUGAUGAACCAGAUGAUGGCGCUCAGUAUUAUUUUAUAAUUACUGGUUUUUACAAUCCUCAACUUUUACCUAUACUGUCUGAUCUGGGCAUCAAUAUUGGAAGCAUCAUUCAGAUUUCUUCUGACAAUUAUGAGCCGCUCCAGACCUAUUUAGAAACAACUACUUUGCAGGAAGAACCAUCUCUUUCAUCAGAAGAAUCUGAAAAUAAAAAGAAGCAAAAAGCAGAUAAAGACCUGGAAACAUUCUGGAAAUAUUUGGAGCCAAUCCUGAACAAUGGAAAACCAGGAUCAAAUAUUUUUCAGAUAGCUAGACUGUAUCACAAAGUCCAGGAAUCUUCCUUUCCUGUGGACUGGAGCAACAAUGACUUGAUGCUUGAAACUGGAACAGACAUCUUUGAAAAUGUUGCAUGUUUAAUGUAUGAUUGCCUGGAUUGGAAAAGACAAUACCAGAACUACUUGAAAUCGACUAGAUUUAUUAAUGUACCUGUGGUAGAAAAGAAGAGUAAAUUAGAGGUACAUAUGACUGUUCCAGUUACUCCUACAAAAAAAAAACUGGCUGUAGAUGAGCCUGUGGCACUCCCAGUUUUAACUGCAGAUGUAGACAUGAGAUACUACAAUGAUCUCCUGAGUUGUGUCCCUGAUGAGGUGGUUUCUGUUGCUUUAUUACUGGAGUGCAUGUUGCAGCAGGUUGUUGCAUCAGAAGAAAAUCUUACACCACCAAGUCUAGUGAUUCCACUGCCACGUGAAGAUGGAUUGGAUCAUACCAUUGCCAGUCAUAUUGUUUCGAUUCUUCCUUCACUUGCCCUUCCUGAGAAUGAAAAAAUGGAGCUAUAUAAUUCCUUUUAUCCUGAAAAUGAUGAAAAAGUUAUGGCUCCCAGAGGGCCUCUAAUAUUAAACUAUCAUGAUAAUUUGUCUCGGAAGCUACACGGCCUAAAGGUAAAAGAUGGUUUAGACCCAAUAAAGAUUGAAGAGGAAAUGAUGGAAAAGCUGCCUUUGAUGGAACUUCUUAAAUUCCCUCUUCCAUCACCUGCAAACAAUACCAAACGCCUUGCCAGGCUUCAUGAACUCAUGCACUAUUGUACUGAUGAACAUAUGAAUUGGGCUGAAGUAGAACGAGCUUUUCGAGUGUUUACUUUUGAAAGUUUGAAGCUGACAAAAGUCGAUAACUCUGGGUGGCUUGAAAGUUCUGGCAAGAUGCUUGGUGGUGAUGAUGAGGUGUCUUAUAUCCCAUGGGACAAUCCUGCUAGGUUUGCUAGACAACUGAGACAAGAAUUAAUUUGCAAAAAGGUUUCUAAAGAACUUAAUCAGAAUAAUUCAGAUUUGAUUACUGAUAUUCAUGAAAAUGGUCUGAACAAUUCUGUAGAUAAGGUAAGAAGUGCUGAAAUAAGAACCAUCCAAAAGACCCAGCAGCGGUGUUUGAAUGACUGGAGUUUUGUUGAACAUUUUCAACCACAACUCCUUUUCCAGGUCCUUCACAAUGCAACUCAGAAUUAUAGGUGCAUUGAUUCCUAUUAUCAUACUCAAGAUAACUCUUUGCUGAUAGUGCUUCAUAAUCCCAUAAACCAACAUCGUCAGUUCCAGGAGUUCUGGAACAUUUCACUGCAUUCUGAUGUUGGGUUCAGGAAUUAUCUGGAAUUGGUGGCUGCCUCCAUUGAUGAAUGGAUAGUGUCAGAAGAAGCCAAAUACCAGGAAGAAAAGAUGACUAAAGAACUGGAGGCACUUAGAUUGGCUAAAGAGGCAAUGGAGAAACCUCCUGCUGAGGUCAAGUCUCCACCUUCUGGCAAAAAAGGGGCUGCUGCAAAGAAAGGGAAAAGUUCUUCCAAAAGUAAAGUAGAAGUUUCAUCCGAACCUGUAGUUGAGAAGGAAAAAAAUAUAUUUGUCAGAGAUGAAUCUCUUAAGGCCUGGAAAGAAGAGCAAGAGAGGCUGUUGGAGGAAGAACGCUUAAAAGAACUAAAAAAAGCAGAGAAGAAGGAAAAAUCUGAUGGGAAAAAGAAAGGCCAGGGUAAAGAGCCACCCAUUCCUGAAGAAGGAAAGCCAUCUAAGAAAAAGGGUUUAAAGGAUAAAGCAGAAUCAUCCAAAUCCCUAGAGGUUGAAGAUCAGGCCAAGUUGCAGAAACAGAGUAAACAAACUCUGCCUUCUUUGCCUGCAGAGAAAGACUAUGAGUUUCUUGGAUAUAAUAUGGGUGAGAAUCCCAUUCAGGUUUCAGGGACUAUCCAGUAUCUUUUCCCUACUGAUGGAGGGCAAAUCCAAGCAGAAAAAAUAAUGUUUGAAAAAGGGUCAACCUUAGUUAAAGUGAAGGUGAUAAAAGAUAAUCACAGUUUCUUCAUUCAUAUAAUAGAUCCCCAGAUAAGCCUAAUAGAAGCUAAAAGUGAAGAAGAAAGUUUGGGUUCCCUAGAAGACCAUGAGAUAAAGCCAGAAAAACCAAUUAAUCAAGGAAAACCUCUGAGCAAAUUUGGAUCAUUUUCUGCAACCUUAGAAAAUGAAAUCCAUCUUUCCUUUAGUUGUUAUGGGGCUUCAGGAAAAGCAGAAGAGGAAACGGAUCCUUACUUGGCAACUAUUCUGGCCAUCCCAUCAGUAAACUUACCCACUUCGACUUUUCUUUCCUCGGCUGCUUCUGCCGCUGCAGUUCCUGCUACAGGAAAGGCAAAGCCAGGUAAAGAAAAAUCAGCCAAAUCCUUACCAUCUGCCAAAGUGAGUUCCCGUAUGGCAGUGAAUGUAUCACCUGAAGAAUCACCAGUGCAAGAAGAGAAAAAGACAGAAAGAAAUGAGCCAAUCCAAACCAAAGCUGUUCCUGAAACCCAUGUGUUCAAUACUUUGAAUGUGUCUUCUCCCAAUGGAUUGGUACUUACCUUUAUUGGUCAAAAAUUUUCAGGUGAGGAAAAAGGAGAGAAAGACAAGAACGAUGAUGAAGAAAGCAAAACAGAUGAAACUAAAUCAGGUGAAGUCAAGCUGGAAGAAAUCAAAACAGAGGACAGCAAAGAAAAGCAGGCUCAUCCCCAUGAACCCUUAGCUAAAGACAAUGGAGACAAGACAAUCAAUGCCAGAGCCAGUGUUGACUCUGGAGCAGCUCUCACCAUCAGGAAUGAGACUGCCAGGGACAGCAAGGCUGAGAUGGAAACAGAGGAUAACAAUAUGGACAAGGAAUCUCCUUUUGAAAUAUUUAUUAGGCAGAGUUAUCCACAAAGAGUAAAGCAGUUGCAACUUCACAAAACAGUGAAGAACCCAAUAGAGCAAGAAGUAUCAAGAGUAAUAACACGACAAGGGACUGUUGUAAAGUAUAUGAUAGAUGGAUCCACUCAGAUACUCUUUGCUGAUGGCACAGUGAUUAGGAGUCCAGAUUCUGGCCCUGUGAUCCCACCUCCACCUCCACCCAGCACACCUCAUACAGAGAUCACACCCAUUCUGGAGACAAACACCAAAAAAAGCAGAAAAAAUACUAAAGGUCUGCUUUCAGGAAAAAAUGAAGCUAUUGAAACAAUUGCUGAAGAACAUCUGCCUGAACCUGAACAAUCUACUGAUGCCUUUGCUGGCACCUGGAUAACGACUACCCCAUUAGGCAUUCAGAUAGGUACCAAGGGAAUCGAAAAGCUUGACCUGAAACCACUCUUGUCUUACCAGGCCACUGAUCCAGUUAAUGGAACGGUAAUGGUAAUGAGAGAAGAUAAAGUAUUAAUGGUGGAGAAAACAGAUGGAACCCGAAUAGUAGAUCAUGCUGAUGGCACCAGAAUAAGCACCCUCUUCCAGGACUGCGUGGAAAUUGUUUCUUCUAAUGACAGUGAAGAAGCAGAGAGUUACCCUCAAACCACCACAAGGAAGGUGAAAUGCAUGCGUAUCGAAAACCCACACUUUGCAACAGUCCUAACAAACUCUGAGGACAGCACUUGUUGUGCCAUUUUUGCUGAUGGCACUUCAGUUAUAUCCAAGCCACAAGGAACAUACCAGAUUUUACCCAUAAACAAAGGUUCCCUCUUCAUCGAUGAAAAUUACUCUGCUGUUUACUCGCCAGAGAUGUUUGAAAAAAAUGAUAGUGAACUGAUUUCCACUGAUGAGAACCAGUAUGUAGGGAAAUACAUUAUGAAACACAAUUCAAAGAUUGUUUGUGAGAUGACAGACCUCACAGGAAAUAUUUUCAAGGUCAUGGCUGAUGGUACCACCUCUACAUUCAUUCCUACCGUUGAUAUUGAGAACAAAGUUAUUGAACCCACAGAAAUUCAGACUCCUGUGAUAUAUGGGGAACAUACACCCAGAUUCUUCAUUGUCCACGCGGAUGGCUCAGGAACUGAACUCCUCCGCACCAAAAGUACAGAAGAAUAUCUGGCAAUGGCAUAUGGUCACCCCACUAUGACUGUUCUUCGGGAAGCAAUACAAGAAUGCCCAGGAAUCCUAAGCAUUACUGUUCUUUGCCCUUUGACUGAAGUAUCUCAAUGGAUAAUGAAAAAAGACUCUGACACCAUUGUUCCUUAUAAUCUCCAGUCCAGAGAUUGGGAAAACUUUCCUCCUGUUGAGAGAAAGACUCCUGGCCCUCCAUUUGGAAUGCAUGCUUGGAAAGGCCUAUGCAUUGAGUUCAAGGAAUUAGCAGUUUCUCCUGCACCUAUAAAAAAAUGUCCAAAUGUGCUCCAAAUUCGUCGACUAAUUCAGUAUGAACCAGUUAGUGAUGAAUUAAGACACAAAUUGCAAUCUUCUGUCAAGGAAUACAUUGACAAAAUAAUUAAGCAAGAAGAUGAGAUGCAAGAAAGAAUGAUUAAAGAACCAAGAACAGAAGAGGAAAAGAAAAAUGCUGCAGACCUUCUCAAGCUGGUUAUGUCUUUUCCCAGUCUUGAAGAAUCCUCAGAAUUUUGCAGUAGAGCUCCAAUUUCUGUACUGUAUGAGCAGGCAAUGAUAUCAGAGGUGCCAAGUUCAUCACAGGAAGUAUUGUCAAACCAAACGGAAGCAUAUUGGAAAACGAUGCGGAUGAGCCACGACGAGCCCAUGAAGAUUUCUGGCUGGCAGAGCAAAUUAGCACAAACCAGGCAGGAAAUUGAGGAUGGAAAGAAUUGUCUUAUGAGGAUGAGGCACAAAAUGAUCCCUCCCUAUUUCAAGUCUGAAUUUGGAAUGCAAUUUCUUCAAAAAGAGUUUCCAGAUGUUGAAGUUCUCUCAGGAAUGCUCCCUCCUUUUCCAGACAAAGACACAAAGGAACUGUUGUUGGAUACAUUUACAGAAUCUUCUGAAAAUGAAACUGGUGGAGAGAGCGCAAGAGUCAGUGAUGGCUUGGUCAGACGUAAGCAUUCCAAAGAACUGCCUCCAAACACCAUUUCUUCUUCAAUCUAUGCUGAAACCUAUCCAUCCCGUUUUACAAACGAUGCAGAAGGAAGUGAAAAGGGAGUCCAGAUCCAUCCAAAACUUCAAUCACUUCUUCUGGAUGUUACAGGAGCCCCAAGAAAAGAGAAAGUGAAAUUGCCUGCUUUGAUACAAAGAAACAAGCCACAAUCAGUACCAAGGCAAAAAAAUGUAGACCUUGUUUCUGGCAAAGUCCGCACAUGCUCUGUCACAGCUCCUUCCCAGAAAAUGUCAGGAUUCCUUCUUAUCCCACCAAAGGUGACAUUUGGCAUUCUUAAGGAGGGCUGCACUUAUUCGACCACAGUGGCUUUGAAGAAUGUUGGAAUGGACUUCUGCAGGUUUCGGGUGAAACAGCCACCACCUUCUACAGGAUUGCGAGUGAACUACACCCCAGGGCCUGUGGCUGCUGGACUGCAAACUGUACUGGAAAUAGAGAUUUUUGCCAUGGCUGUUGGAGUGGAAGGAGAUGAGGGCUGGGACAAGCUUUCCCAUCAGAUUGAAAUUCACACAGAAACUGAAACACUAUUUCUUCCUGUGGAAGCAAAUAUCCUUCAGUGUUUUUGUUUUCCUUUUAGACCAUCAAACUAUCCCAAGGGAGGACAGGCCUCCAGCAUCCAGUUGAUUCCAGAAAGUCCAGUCUCUCAGUUUAGAGUAAUACUUCCUCACAAGCUUCCUCAUUAAUGUAAGCAAUUAUAUUUCAGCAUGGAAAGUCUGGGUUUCACCAUAUUAAAAGGAGAGCUUGUGUUUGGCAAUUAAACCACUAUUGGGAGGAAAAAGUAAGGAGCUUGGGAUGUACUGGUGGGGAAGGGGUUAGGAAAGCUGGGGGUUGGGAGUGGAGGGCAAUCAAGAGUCCAUUUGGGUGCAAGAGGCAUGAAUGGCAUUGAUGAGGACAGAUCUUAAAUGAGAGAAUUACAGCACCAGAAUAUUCAAACAGCCAAAUACAUACCUACCGUAAGUGUUAGAUAUCACAAUUGAGUCAAGAAAAUACUUGAAAUAUAUUUGUCUAGUGACCAGAAAAUGCAGAUUAAAAACUACAGAAAUUCAUAAAUUCAAAUUAUAUGCAAGGUUUUUUUGCAGAGUUAACUUGAAAGAAUUUUAGAAUGAUUGGAUAAGCAGUAGUCUGUCUUUGGCAUUUUUUGAGGAAAGUGAGAUCUAUAAGAGGCAGGACAGGACUUUUGUUUCUUUUAGACAGACUUUUUUUCCCGUCACCAGUUUUCAAAGGAGGGCAGAGACCACAAAUGGUCUCAAGCCAUCUGCUUCAUUAAGUAAGAAUUCCAUAUUUAAGAAAAUGUCAAAGGCAAACAUCCACUUUCAUUAUUACAUUAACUUACUUUAAAUGCACAAGGUAGAUAAGAUAAAUGAUUAUAUCUACCUUCUGAAUUUAACAGGCCUAUGCAUUUUGACAGCCAAGUUAGUGUACUUAAAAACUUGCUUAGAAAUUCGUCCAUAUGCUUAUAUAACUUUUUAUAUUUGUUUUGCAGAGCAGACCGGAUUAAUUUUUACCAA